AUUUCGUCCUGAAAGGUCCUGUAAAAAAAUCAUAAUCGCGUAACAGACAGGUUGUCUAAAAAUGUGAAUGCUUUUUUAUGUGAAUUAAAGUUAUAAAAGUGCAUCAGAAUCAUAGAAAAUAAAAAGCGACUAAUUGAAAACUUACUAAAUGAAUGGAAGAUUUCUAUGCUGAAAUGAAUUUAAAUAUACAAAAACAGAAGAAGAAUUAAUUCAAGCAUCUAACAGUCUGAAUGAGAAUGGAAUAUAAAUUUGUUUACGAAUCGUGAGCCCACAGAGAGUUCGCUGUGUUUGAUGCAUACAAUUAAAAUUUCAAUCACAUACUAACCAAAAUAAACAGUAGAAUGAUUACAAAUGACAAUCACAAAUUAGUUGAUAAUCAAUCAAGUUUAAAUAAUAAUUGCACAUCCAGUACUAACACAGUAGUUGCUAAUUAUUGUGAGAAUAUGAGUUUAAAAAUUAGUGAAUUCAUUGCUUCAUCCAGGCAUGGUUAUGUUAAAGAGCCACCUCCUGCUUCCAUUACAUCUGCUGCUGCUGUAUUAAGCUAUAGUGAAGAUAGAAUCAAUAACAAUUUUGCUGUGUCCAAAACAUCACACGGUGUGGAUAGUAUGUCGCACAAAAAUUUCACAUUGUCCUUUGAUCAACACCUAAAUUCAAAUACAUCAACUGUAGCAUCAUCAUCAUCAUCGACAUCUCAAAUGUUAUUGAGCGACAGUGAGACUCUUUUGAGUCCCGCUGAAGCGCCAUUUGGUAGACGCUAUGCUGAAAUAUCACAAUUUAAAAAUCAUCCCAAUGUAGAAUGGUCGAUUGAAGACAACAAUAAUAGCCAAGAGCCACAAGAUCAACAUACACCUGAAAGUUUUUAUGAUGAGGCUGACAACGAUAACAUUAAAGCAGACGAGUUAGCAAUGGACAUAAAUAAAGAAAAAUCAGAUGAUGAGGAACUGCUUUUAUCGAAAGAAUUUUUAGAAUCGGCAGCAGAAGAAGAAAGCAGUUCAGAUGGAGGUGUUUUAGCUGAAGGCGAAACAUCUAGUAGUGAAUCGGAGAGAUCCAGUUCUCCAAGUCCACAAUGUGAUAUAAGUUUAAUGGAAAGAUUAUUACGAACUCAUCCCGUUUGGUUUCUGCCUUCUUUACAACGUGGAGGAAGUGUCCAUUUAUUGCAAGGAAAAGAGAUUGGCACGUUCAUUGUACGUGGCUCAAGUCAGAAAAAUACAAUGGCAAUAUCAGUGAGAUUACCAAAGGAUGCUGGUCCAUAUAUAGAACAUUAUCUAAUUCAAUCCAAUAAUGGUUUAUUAAAUCUUGAAUCAUCGCGUUUUAAAUUUGAUUCAAUUCCUGCACUCGUUGCUCACUACUCGAAUUGUUGUGAUGAAUUACCCGUACAGCUAUCACUUCCGAGAGGUUUGCGUGAAGCAAAGAAUCGGCAACGUCUCAUGUCUUUAGCAUUAUUAGGACCAGAAUUUUGGAGAUGUCCAGUAGCAUCACCCGUUCAAGAAGAUGAGACUUCCUUAAAUAGUCAGAUUAAGUCACCGACUGAUACAAGUGGCAUAUGUACAAUGGCAGAAUUCAGCUCAAUGAAGCAACAAAAGAACAGUAUUUUCACAAAAAAUAAACUUAAUUUCAAACAUAACAAUAACAAUAAUCAGCAAAUGGUUGAUACACCAUCCGAUACAGCUAGUCUCGGUAGUUUUCCAGCUAGUGGCGGUGCAUCAACAAUAUUGAGUCCUCAAUCAGCUGAUAAUGUCUUUAUUGCAAGUCCGAGUUCAGAUUUUUGCAAUUUAAAAAGCAAUAGCAAUUCGAUCAACAAUCUAAACAGUCCCUCGGGCAUUAUUGGAAAAACGAGCACGUUUAAAGCUCAAACAUUCUCAAUGACUUCUUCCACUUCACAGCAACAACUGCCACAACAACAAAAGUUACUUCAAAACCGUACAGUCGAUACAAAUGCAGAUUUUCAACACCAUGUUCUACCGAAUGAUGCUAUAAACAAAAGGGACGACAAUCACAUUGAAGAAUUUGUUCAACGUACUCGACCCACACCUCCAAAUACAUUAAAUUUAGCGAUUGCUGGCAGAGCACCAGUACCACCAAAGAGAUGGCUUAAACCAUGUACUCCAACAAGUCCAUUUAUUGAGCAAAAUACAUUACAGACGAAUAAUAAUUUUACAGUAACUACUACCUUUACGUUUAAUGUAGCAAAGCAAAAAAGUCAACAUAAACAGCCACAGCAACAUCACACGUCUGAAAUUGAAAUUCCACCGCGAAAUAUAAUUUAUCUUGAUCCGAAACAGGUUCCAAUUAUAUCAGAGCGUCUGUCACCGGAAGGUGGUGAAAGUAAGACAAACAGUGAUUCAAGUUUACAAAAAUGGGAAACGAAUAAGUCAUCAUCGAUAAAUCCAUUUAAAACCAAUGAAAGUAUCCGCAGUAAGAGACAAAGUAGCAGGCGGAAGGAGUCAAAACAUUAUCAAGAGUCAGAUAUUUUGGAAUCGCCUUCUGUAUACAUGGAAUAUUGUCGUAGCAAUUUAGGUGAUAAAAUUAGUGAUUAUGAGGAUUUAUGGACACAAGAGAACAAUUCACGCUCGAGUCUACAUAUUGCAGUCGACCAAAAUAACCAAAACAAUAUUGUCAACAAUAAUACAUCAAAAGAAUGUGAAAUAUCAACGCCAAUGGUGAUAUCUCCACCCCAACAAUUUACACCGACUUCAUCUAUAACACCAGCAUUAAUUGGAAGUGAAAUUGCCAUAACAACAAAUAGCUCAACUCCACUACAGCCAAAAAUCCCAACACUUUUUGAUAGCAAUAAAAAGAGUCCAUUUUAUUCAGAUCCAGUUGAUGCUGUGGCACCCGUAUUUCCUCAAAUUGUAAGACGAGAACCGAAAUUAAAUCCACUACCAAGUUUUCAUAGAUAUUCGGAACCACCAAAGGGACAAUUUGAAGAUUUAAAUUUCCAUAUAUCAUCAUCCCCUAUGACACAUGAGAAGGGUAUUCAACAACAAUCGUUUAUUGCCGCAUCAUUAGACCAUUUGAAAUCAAUAAAUAAGUCCGUAAAUAAUCAGAAUCAUCGUCAUCGUUUAGAGCCAACAUGGACAGUCGAUAGCAGUUGGGAGUUUGUUGACAAAAAUGAUGAGUCAUCGGAAAAUGGCUCGACAAGAAAUUUGAGACAAAUAACGCCUCAAAAUACUUUACAUUAUCAAAAUACCAAUAACAAGCAUCUACAGCAUCAAAAAUUCAACACAAUUGAACGUAAUGCUCAAUGUUCAAUAACCGUUGAUUCAUACUUAAUGAACAGUAAAAAAUCUAAUAUCUAUAAAUUGGUUGCGAAAAAAUACCCUGAUAUUAAUCUGAAGGGUGGCAUGACAACGACUCAAUCAAAUAUUCCAUCGACUUGGCAAACGUUUGAAAGCGAUGGAAGCAACAAGUUUCAGAGAUUAUCUUCUUAUGAUAAUGUAAUCGAGCAGCAGUCAAUUUAUGGCGGGUCAGAAGAUGGAACUUUAUUCUCUGAACCAUGGGACAGUUCACAAUGGGAUUCAUUCUUUCCAACGACAGAGGAUUCAAGCACAAUUCAUUUGUCAAAAUGUCGACCAGCAAUUUCUGAGGACGAAACAAUUAUCGAAGAUUCUAGUGCCAUUUCAAAGAGCAAUGCCAAUACAAUACAGCGAAAUCCACUUCUUCAAUCACAGAAAAUCGCGACUGUCUUAAGACAUCGAAGUGGAUGCUUUAAAGACCGAGAAAUUUUAAAGCAUCCAAGAAACAAAACUGAACAAAAUGAUCCAGCUCAAGCAAUCGAAGCAUAUACAUUGGCACUCGCACAGGAUGAGACAUCGAUAUUUGGACAAAACAUUCACAACUUUAUUUCAUGUACACGCGAAUCAAAAGAGAAAAUUCCACAAAAAGUUAUGCGAAAUAUGCGACAAUUCAUGAAUGGAAUGAAGAACUUCCUUGCUAAGCAUGGUGAAAAGAGAUUUGAUGAAGAGGUUGAUAAUGCACGACUAGCAUUAAAUAGAGAUGAGUUUUUGAAUCUCGAUCAGAUACUGGAAGGUGUAAUGCAUCAGCUAGUCGUUGCACCAUUACGAGAUUAUUUAAAUGAAUUAUUUGUGGAUUAUUAUGGAGCUAGUGGUGAUAUUCAAUUGAUAAUCGACAAUAUGCUGCAUGCUCAAAACAAAGAUCCAUUUAUAUUUGGCGUUAGAAAAAGCAUCAAGCCUCCACCACAGCAUGUAAUAAAUCGCAUAGCAAUGAUGUUUGCUAAACUACACGAAGCUGAAUUGCCAUCUGAAAAAUUGGAUUUACUGCUCAACACAAUUACCGUCAUCCUUGAAAAUACAAUUGAUACAGAAACUGAUCUUAAGGACGGAACACAUCUCCUAUGUGAUGAUUUUUUGCCACUAUUUGUCUACGUCAUGUGCAAAUGUGGCUUUCACUUUGCAGAAGUUGAGGCUGAAUAUAUGUGGGGAUUAAUGCAUCCAACACAAAUGUCAGGACAGCCUGGAUAUUAUGUGACUUCAUUAUGUAGUGCUGCACUCAUCGUUAAAGACAUGAAAUCAAAGAUAGAUCAAGAGAAUGCAGAUGGUGGAGUUGUUUCUUCAAAUAUUCCGCUUGAAUGCUCAGUACUUCGAAUCAUUAUACCGGAUGAAUACAAUGGAUCUAUUCAAACGAAAACGAUUCCAGUUCGUCCUCAUACUACAACGAGAGAUGUCUGUCGAAUUAUUGCACACAAGAGCCAAAUAACGAAUCCAAUGGAUUACGGCCUAUUUAAGUUGAUAGAUGGAGAAGAAACAUUAUUGAUGGAUAAUGACUGCCCUCAAGAGAUUCGAUUGGCAUCAGCUGGCAAACAUUGCAUGCUUGCUUAUAAGCGUUUCGAUGCUAAAAUCGCGUGGCCCAGGCAGUAAUUAAAAAUGCAUUAAAAUGCCUAAUCUAUCUACACAAUCAGGAAGAAAUAGAAACUGGAAUUUUUAUAGCUAUCAAGGAUGAUUUUUUGUUUUGUACAUGUAAUUUUUUUUUUUGUUGAGAAGGAAUUUUUACCAAAAGAAAAGAUGUAUCCACAAAAUUGCAAAUUACUAAAGCUGUAAAGAACGUUUAUUGUGGAUUGAACAGAAAGAAAAACUUUCUAACCAUCCUUAUCUGAUCUUCAUCGUUCUCUAUUUUAUCUACUCGCAAUUCUGUGGGAUAAACAUGCUUCUUAAUGCUCACUUUGUCAUAAAUUGUUUAAAAUUUAACGAAUUUUUUGAAUUUUGAAAUAAAGUUGUUCAGUAAACUCUUGAGUUCAUUUCAGUUCAGUUCAACUUUUAACAUUUUAAUUUUAAAUAAAUAUAAUCCGUUAACAUUUUAAUUAUUCAUUUACUGAUAUAAAUGCGCUGUAGACAAAUAAUUUUUGAUACUUCUGAGCACUUUUUGUUGCUUAUUUACUUACGUACUCCUCUUUAUUCUUGAGAAGUAUCCCUUUUUUGUCGGGGAAACAUUAAAAGCAACAUAAUUUGACCACACAUUCUUGCGAUGAUUAGAGAACAUCCACAGUAAAUAUUAAGGAACCUUUUUUUAUUUAUUUUGGAUGUUUUGUCUCCUAUCCCCCACACUUUAUCGAUUCUAUUUUUUAUUUAUUAGAUACAUAUAGAUAUAGAAUAGAAGAACCCACAAGACAAUGAGAAUAGCGUUAAGAAACGAGAAUAGAAACAUAAAGAACUGCCAAAUUUUAGUAAGGAGAGUAUAAAAACAUAAAAUUUAAUAGAAUAAAAACAGUAUUUUUUCUUCAUUGUACACACACUUACGCAUGGAAAAUAUGAGAAAGAAGAAAGGAAAUUUAAUAAGAUGAAGAGGAAAAGAAAGAAAAAAAUUGUAUUUUGUAGCGCAACUUUUUAUGGAACCAAAAAAGAAAAAGAAAAAAAAUGAGAAAGAAAAGCAUUUAAAGUGAAUAAGGAUGGAAAAUCCCCAGGAUUUUUUUAUUACGGUAUAUUAUUAAAUAUUUAUAUAAAUUAUACGAAAAAAAAGAUAUACAUCUCCUCAAAUAUACACAAGCAAAUAGAAAUAGAUAGAUUUUCUAACUCCAACUACCCAUCAUUCACAUAUUAUUAUUAAAUAAACAAGAGGAAGAAAAUCAAGACAUCAAAUAGACAUGCAAUCAUUUAAGAACGUAUAUUAACAUAUAUUAUACAUUUAUUACAUUAUAUUUAGACUUAUAGUAAAACUUUUGGUACUAUUUUUGCGAUUGAUACAUAAUAAGCCACAAUUGUACCAUGGCUAAUCAAUUAAUUUCAAUUUUCAAAAAAUAAAAAUCAAUUUGUUUUAAUUCAUUCAUUAAACAUUUUCACACUUAAGACAUUGAAUUUAAAUGAGUGCCGUGUCCAAAGCUAGUUCCCAAGGGGUAUCAACUUUUAAACUAAGGGUAUUGAUGAAGAAAUCUAAAAAAAAUUUGAUUUGAAUAAUUGGAAGAUCUUUGGAACUUUUUGACACGGAAAAAGAGUUUUAUGAAUGAAUUAACCGACUACAAUUUUUUAAUUGUUUAGAAUAUGCUGUGAUUAACAAUUUUAUUUUUUAUCUGUUCGAUUUUAGUCCAUGUUUUUAUUUUUAUUUUAUUUUAUGUUUGGGAACAUUUUGUUUUAUUUUUAACACCAUAAGUAUAUAUGUAGAUUUAUGAACUUACUAUGAAUUUAUAGAGUUUAAAAACUAAUUUACUUAAAUUUAAUGGGCAAGGUUUUGGUAUUCUGAUGAAUUUGACUUAAAUUCAAUUAUUGUCAGUCAAUU